ACACUACCACAUAUGCCAGGGACUUACUUGCUGCUAGUGAUCCUGGAAAACCUCCAAAAAGCCACCCUAUGCCUAAUAUAUCACGUCAUCAUCGCGGCAUUGACAACAAUAGGGAGGACCACUCACCUGAUAUCAGGCAAUGCCUUAAUGACGUUGACACAACUAAACGGUAUGAACUGGAAGCUGGGC